CCGUAAAGUUGAUAAAGACUGUAACAUAACGUAGGUUCUUUGUUUUCUUUUUGGUACUUUACAAGUGUAAAGGAAAAUGUCUAUUAUGUUGGAACCUGACGAGGUAGACGAUGGAUACUUUACUCCAGUCGCAAGUACCACCUUGGCAAGCAUUUUUAAAGAAGAUUCCAGUAAUGAUGCAGCAGUUAAUCCUUCCCUCAAAUACAAACCUCCUCAACUAAAGAAGACAGAAGAGAGUAGUAAGCCUGAUGACGCCAGUACUUCACAAUGUGUGUUUUCAUGCUCCAUCUUCGCUUAUGAAUGGGUACAAGGAACCCACAAAUGUAAAGGGAAGGUUGGUUUUGCUUUGAUGAAAAUAGUAAAAAGUGGUUUGUGUAAAAUGAUACUUUACAGCCCAGAUAAAUCUACACUAUCCUGCACUACAAUCACACCACAGCUAGAAGUAACUAUGUCAUCAGGCGCCAUGAUAUCAUACUAUGAUGAUCAUAAAAAAUAUUGGGGGUUGUGUUUUAAUGACAAAAAUAUUGAAAGAGUCAAAGAACUAUUAAAAAAAGAAAAUGUUGCUAUAAAGCCUUACAUAAGUCCUGAAUUUAAACCUGAGGUAGAAAUACUUGAGAGUGAAGAAGCCACUGAUGAUACUGGAAAUAACAGUACAACAGAGGAUAGCACUGCCAUGCAUGCCACGUCACAGAUUGAUAAAGCCUCUAUUCUGAACAGGAUUGCUAAUGUAGGCCAUGCAAUAUUACCAUCAUUACCAGGAAGUUCUGUAAAAAAAACAACUUCAAUAGAAGUAACAAAUACUCCCAACAGGCAUGAUUCAGCAGAUCAAUCAAAAGUUUUACCAGAUGUCAGCAUUAAGAAAGAACAUGAUAGUACAUCAAUGCCAGAAACCAAUAAAAGUAUUGCAGUACAGACAGGUACAAAUAAUGUUGAAGCAAAUAACAGGAAUGAAUGUGGUCCAACAACAGUAACAAGUGUACCUUUAGUCAAUAAUCAAAUAUUUACUUAUGUAAAUGGAUAUAUGGUACCAUUGCAUAUGCAGGUGCCUGUCAUAGAUAAUAUUAAUGGGGCAAACACUUGUGCAGAAAUAGAACUCAUCAUACACAAACUUACUCAUCUAAAGAGUGUUGUAAGGUCAAUGGAAACAAAACAAUCACACAACAUGGAAAAGUCCCAAAGUGACCAAGUUUUUAAGAAAAUAUCUGAUCUGGAACAGUUGAUCAGAGAAAAGGAUGAAACUAUUAAGCACCUUGAAAAUGUUAAGCAGGAACUAGCUGACCGUGUGAAUAACUUUAAUGAACAAGUACAAAAAACCAACCAAGAUUUAGAAAGGAAUACAAAGAUUCUUGACAAUGAGGAGUAUAUGCUCAUAAACAGAAAGAUCAAAACUCUUAUGAACAAUACAUUCCAUUCACUUGCCUGCAACUUUGACAAUGAAGUUAAUUAUACUGGGAACUAUGUAAAAAGAAUAUUAGCAGCUGUUAUAAAAAAAAAUACAAUUGACUCAUUAGUAAAUUUGUUUCCCAAUGAUGCAAGUAAUUCAAACAAAGGAAAUGAUUAAGCUAAUUUA